AAAGCCGGCGCGCCCCGGCGCGCCGUUUGUCUUUCUUCGACGGCGAUUCAGGUCCUGACUUGUGCGCGCGACAAGCCAUCCUCACUCGGUUCACCAUGGUGCAGAUAGUCGGCAAGUACCAAUAUGUGUCGAGCGAGAACUUCGAGGAUUACAUCAAGAGCCUCGGCAAGGGCGACCUCGCCGACGCGUUUCUGCAGGCCACGCCGGUCGUGGAGAUCCAGCAGAAGGACGACCAGUGGGUCGUCGUAGUCACCAGCCAGGGUAAGACCGUCACCGCCACCUUCAAGCCCGGAGAGGUCUACGACGAACAGCUUCCAUCCCAGGGUCUCGUCUUCAAGAGCGUGUCCACGAAAGAGGGCAACGGUUUCAAAACCGAGACCACCUUAUCCGCGGACCUCAAAGCGAUCCGAGUUUACGAAUUCACAGACACCGGAAUGGUUGUGCACCUAUCCUCCAACAAGAGUGACGUUAAAGCCAAGCGUACAUACAAAAGACUGUAAAGUCGGUUUCCUAAUUUAAAAAUAGCAAUACAUAAUAUCACAUUUCAUUAAAGAGAUUGAAAUGUA